AUGUUUUUAAACAAAAUUGUUGGUGCUACCCGUGAAUCCCUUCUAGAACAACUCGGUCAGUAUUACAGAUUAGGCAUGUCCUGUUUACUCCUUAGUCCGACAAUCAGAUCUAUCCUUGAACCAGCCCUUUACAAUCUUUCAUUGGUGAUCCCCUCAUCAGAAGGAAAUUGUAACGAUAUUGCAUGUAAUGAUCGUUGUAUCUUACAGGAAGUUUUGAGACUUGAUUUUAUAUUUGUAGAAAAAAUUUCACUGUUAAAAUCUGUUGACACUGUGUUACAUUUGUCAUUGUCACCAUACCAAUCAGUAACAUUACAGUACUUGACAGCUGAGUGUCUUGUUCAAGCAGCCUUCAUGAUCGUAAGCAGCGUCCAAUAUUUUAAGCAUAAAUAUGUGUACUGUUUGGACAGAAAAUUUUGCAACAUGUUGAAAUUAUCAUUACAGAUAGGAGCCAUCUCCCAUUCACUGUAUUUAGCUCUGUAUUACUAUAGGAUAGGGACACAUAAUGAAGCACUGUAUAUAACUAACGUGACAAAACGAAGACUAUACGAGCCCCAUGUUAUGCAUGCAUAUAACGGUAUGGGAGACAGUUAUAGAUAUAGGGAGUAUGUGAGUGGUCUGUCGUUGUCUAAGAGAAUUAAAAAUGCUUGGGUGUUGCCAAUUAUACUUCGUCCUGAGAUAUGCUAUAUUGAAGAAUUAACAUUAGAACAAUCAGCUGCAUUUCAACAUUCACACUAUUUACGUAUUCCACCAUGUGUAUUGGUAGAAAUGUUGUCAGUUUUAUCUCACUACAGACUGGGUAAUAGAUGUCAGUGUUUAAAGUCACUGACAGAUCUGCAGACACUGCUGCUCUAUAAUGAUGGGACCUAUGCUCAUUUAGAACACCGAGACAUAUCCUGGCAGAUACUAGGAAUCUGUCAGCAAGUUGUGGGAGACUUACAAGGGGCUUUACAAUCUUAUCAAGAGUCUCUUAGACAGGGACCAUACCACUAUAUACAGGAAGCUACAGAUUAUAGAAUAAAAAGGGUUAAACAACAAAUACAACGAGAUGUUUACAUGUAA